GUGGAGGAUGAGGUGGUGCUGGACAGAGGUGCAUCCUUCGUCAAGCAUGUCUGUGAUGAGGAGGAGGUGGAAGGUAAGAGCACUGAGCCUCUGUGACGUCUAUGAUGGCUGCUGUACGGCUGGCUAACAAUGUUGUUAUCUACCACCGACGUCUAUGAUGGCUGGCUAACAAUGUUGUUAUCUCAUGCCUCUCAACCACCAACUCCAAGGAGUCUACCCCUCUUAUUUCUCCCUCUCUUUCCUCUUCCAUCCCUUGAUUUCUCUCCACCUCUCUGUCUCUCUCUCUCUCUCUCUAGGUCUCAGUUUCUCUUUCUCCCUUCUCUCCCUUCCUCGCUCUUCCUCUCUCCGUCACAUCUCCCACUCCUCUCUCUCCUGCGUCAUCCUUUUUGCCAGCUGUCACUCUCCGCUACCCUAUUUCGUAAUGCCCUCUCUCUCCAGGUCUGUGUUUUCGAUUGGUUUUCUAUUGUUGUGGUUUUCCCACUAAUAUCAGGAUGAAGUAUAGGAGCGAUUAAUAUUGAAGAUAAAGAAGUGGAGCGCAUAACACAGGUUUAUCAAGCGAUGCCUGCCCCACUCCCCCCAGUGGCCAAAACACACACACACACACACGUUUGCACAAACACAUACACACAUUCUUACAAAUUUCGACACGCACGCACGCACACACAUUUACAUUUACAUUACAUUUACGUCAUUUAGCAGACGCUCUUAUCCAGAGCGACUUACAAAUUGGUGCAUUCACCUUAUAGCCAGUGGGAUAACCACUUUACAAUAUGUAAACACACACACACACACACACACAAAGAGAGACAAUCAUGUCACAGUUUAAGUUGUGAUAGGCAGUGUGUACACAGCCAUAUCUGCCAGCUAUCUCACCUCUCUGUGAGAUUCUGUGUUAGAAUUUCCCUCAGUUCAAACAAACCCCAAACCCAGAGUUCACCUCACGUGGAGCCACACAGUGAAAAUAAUCAACAGCCAGAAAAGCCACAGUCACAAUGAAUGUGAAAUAACUCAAAGCCACAUUACUCAGUCACGACCAACCUCAUGUUUGAAUGGAUUUUGCCUUUUGGUGGAUGACCCCUGGUUGAACUCCACUUGACUCUUUUUUUACAUCCCAAGACAGCCUGUCAGUAGUCAGUAGUAGCCAUGUAGUCAGUUCUCUGAUUUUAAGUGACCUUCGCAAAGCCAAGUUUAUAAUAUAAUAUUUAUAAUACCACUUUCAGAUAAGAUGAGAAUAUAUAAGCAACAAUUAAAAAGAAGCCUGUAAAAUGUCUUCACUUGACUCCCUAAAUCCACUGUGAAUGCUACAUAUACAGUGGGGAGAACAAGUAUUUGAUACACUGCCGAUUUUGCAGGUUUUCCUACUUACAAAGCAUGUAGAGGUCUGUAAUUUUUAUCAUAGGUACACUUCAACUGUGAGAGACGGAAUCUAAAACAAAAAUCCAGACAAUCACAUUGUAUGAUUUGUAACUAAUUAAUUUGCAUUUUAUUGCAUGACAUAAGUAUUUGAUACACCAGAAAAGCAGAACUUAAUAUUUGGUACAGAAACCUUUGUUUGCAAUUACAGAGAUCAUAUGUUUCCUGUAGGUCUUGACCAGGUUUGCACACACUGCAGCAGGGAUUUUGGCCCACUCCUCCAUACAGACCUUCUCCAGAUCCUUCAGGUUUCGGGGCUGUCGCUGGGCAAUACGGACUUUCAGCUCCCUCCAAAGAUUUUCUAUUGGGUUCAGGUCUGGAGACUGGCUAGGCCACUCCAGGACCUUGAGAUGCUUCUUACGGAGCCACUCCUUAGUUGCCCUGGCUGUGUGUUUCGGGUCGUUGUCAUCCUGGAAGACCCAGCCACGACCCAUCUUCAAUGCUCUUACUGAGGGAAGGAGGUUGUUGGCCAAGAUCUCGCGAUACAUGGCCCCAUCCAUCCUCCCCUCAAUACGGUGCAGUCGUCCUGUCCCCUUUGCAGAAAAGCAUCCCCAAAGAAUGAUGUUUCCACCUCCAUGCUUCACGGUUGGGAUGGUGUUCUUGGGUUUGUACUCAUCCUUCUUCUUCCUCCAAACACGGCGAGUGGAGUUUAGACCAAAAAGCUCUAUUUUUGUCUCAUCAGACCACAUGACCUUCUCCCAUUCCUCCUCUGGAUCAUCCAGAUGGUCAUUGGCAAACUUCAGACGGGCCUGGACAUGCGCUGGCUUGAGCAGGGGGACCUUGCGUGCGCUGCAGGAUUUUUAUCCAUGACGCCGUAGUGUGUUACUAAUGGUUUUCUUUGAGACUGUGGUCCCAGCUCUCUUCAGGUCAUUGACCAGGUCCUGCCGUGUAGUUCUGGGCUGAUCCCUCACCUUCCCCAUGAUCAUUGAUGCCCCACGAGGUGAGAUCUUGCAUGGAGCCCCAGACCGAGGGUGAUUGACCAUCAUCUUGAACUUCUUCCAUUUUCUAAUAAUUGCGCCAACAGUUGUUGCCUUCUCACCAAGCUGCUUGCCUAUUGUCCUGUAGCUCAUCCCAGCCUUGUGCAGGUCUACAAUUUUAUCCCUGAUGUCCUUACACAGCUCUCUGGUCUUGGCCAUUGUGGAGAGGUUGGAGUCUGUUUGAUUGAGUGUGUGGACAGGUGUCUUUUAUACAGGUAACGAGUUCAAACAGGUGCAGUUAAUACAGGUAAUGAGUGGAGAACAGGAGGGCUUCUUAAAGAAAAACUAACAGGUCUGUGAGAGUCGGAAUUCUUACUGGUUGGUAGGUGAUCAAAUACUUAUGUCAUGCAAUAAAAUGCAAAUUAAUUACUUAAAAAUCAUACAAUGUGAUUUUCUGGAUUUUUGAUAAAAUAAAAAUUACAGACCUCUACAUGCUUUGUAAGUAGGAAAACCUGCAAAAUCGGCAGUGUAUCAAAUACUUGUUCUCCCCACUGUAGGCAUGUAGCAUGUUAGCAUGUGUGUGAGAUCACACUAGGGCAGGGCUCUCCAACCCUGUUCUUGGAGAGCUACCAUUCUGUAGGUUUUCACUCCAAACCUAAUCAACCCUAACCUGAUUCUAAUAAUUAGCUGGUUGAUAAGACGAACUGGGUUAGUUACAACUGAGUUUGGAGUGAAAUCCUUUAAGAGGGUAGCUCUCCAGGAACAGGUUUGGAGACCCCUGCACUAGGGAAUGUGAGUUCUGUUUUGUAUAGGUUACCCAUGCCAACCAAAAACCUACAUUAAUGUACAUUAGGAUUGUGUAUACAGCCAAGAACAUUUGACCAGGCUGGGAUACAGGAAGCUGUGAGCUGGAGCAUCUGACACUGUGGGACUGUUUCUGUUUCUUUCUCUCUCUGAAAUGACUUCCUGGAGAUGUUUAGCAGUUUCCUGUCAGAGCUGCUGCACAGGAAGUGGUUGAAAUGUAUUUACAUCCCCAACAUGUGUCAGGAUGAGGACAGAUCCCAGUCUGAUUGACCCAGGGGAAACAGCCUGACGAACAAAUAACUGACUAAACGUUUUAUCAAACAAGCUGACUAAAUAGGCCAGCAGCAGUGUGUGUGUUUUGUCAGAUACAUUUUGUUUGGUAACAGCCUAAUUCAUACCUAAAAGGCAGGUAGCCAUAUCGAUGUGUUCUUUGACAUCCAACCCUCCCCCUAUCAAAUCUAAUCCAUCCUCCUGUCUUUCCCAUAGUUUUCUUACCCAACUGAUCCUCAUUGACUUUGUGCAUUUCUUCCGUUUGAUGCGGAUUAUCAGCAUGGCAGGAUUCAUGUUAUUUUCUUGGCAUAGCAAUCGUAGUCCUCCUAAUCUGACCUGCGUCCUUUGCAUUGUGUCCCCUCUCCCUCUCUCUCACUCAGGUCACCACACCGUGUACAUCGGUGUGCACGUGCCCAAGAGCUACCAGCGGAGCCGGCGCCACCGACGCAAGUCCAGCCACAAGGAGAGGAAGGAGAGGCCGGUGGAGAAAGUAGAGGGGGACAAAACGGACGGCGAGAACACUGAUGAGGCAGCGCCCAACAUCCUCAAACCCCUCAGUGAGUAAUGACAGCCCAAACUACACUACCCAGCAUGCAUCUCUACUAGAAAAACAAGGAGUGAAUAGAUCUAUGGAUCUUUCAACCAAUAAAAUGAAUGUAAACAAGUCAAGCCAAUAUACUGUAAUUAAGCAGUGAAUACAACUAUAGGGAAUAAUCAACCAACCAGUUCACGUUUCACUUAGAUUUGGUAAAUCUGUCAUUUUGUCAGCUCUGGGAUACUGUAUGUUGACAUUAAAAAAUGUACAGCAUUACUGACUGAGAAACUAUUACCUAAUUCCCCUGGCCUAGUAUUGCCUAGUAACACAUCGUUGUUACCCAAACCUCACUACAUCAGUGUUCACGGCUGUGUUACUUUUAGCUGUUGGUUCACACUAGACCACUCAACAGUGUUGCUGCGAGUCUCAAUCCAAGUGGAGUUAUUUUUAUGCUAAGAACGCUAUUUCCAAACUGCAGGCUUAAACCAGAGAAUAAAUGGGCAGAGAUGCUUGUCAGUGAUAACUCAUUUGGUGUCACAACAAAUAGAGUUGUGUCAAAACCAUAACAAUCCAAACCACAAUAAGCAACUUUCACACAUUCAGGGUUUCUCUUGACUGUGCAGUUACCCUUGCUUACAGUCAACCGCUUUAAUCCAGCGUGUCGAUAGCCCUUAAUGUUUGUUUAAUUACUUUGGGGCUCAAAGUUGAUGGCCUAACAGCAGUAUAGAGACUAUCACGCUGCAGAAGUACAGCAGCACGCAGCAGUAGCAGUAUCUCUAGUUGGUGAUUGAAAAGAGGGAAAUAGGGGACAGAAGGAGAUUCAUUCUCCUCUGUUUGGGUCACUGAUGGAGUUUAGAUCUGGUUGAAAGAUCCUACUGACCCCAUGGAUGUGACCAUCAGGACACACACUUUUUAAAGGGAAGGCAAGUGGAGGUAGACAGAGAUCAGAGUUAUGGCAUUGCUCUACAGAUGGUCAUACUAUCAACAAACUGUCUGUUGGAAAGCAACUGCUUGCUAAGGUGAGGGUUAGGUAUAUAUGGAACGGUAUUGAACACAGCAAACAUAUGGGAACCACAUGUUUGACUCCAUUCCAUUUAAUUAUAUUCCAGCCAUUACAAUGAGCCCGUCCUCAUAUAGCUCCUUCCACCAGCCUCCACUGAUCCAUAAAGAUACUCUUGAUUGAAAUUUGUGGUCCAUGGUAUCUUAUCUCUGUCAGUGUCUGUCCUAAAUUUGUAUUGUAACAUUUAUAUAUGUGUACGUUCCAAACAGAGCAAUGCACACAUAUAAAAACAAAGCAUUAGUGGCUGUUUAUGGAGUUCUUAUCUCUGCUUGGAUGCAGUGGAACAGAACCAGACAGACUCAGGGACGUGGGACUCAUUUGGCUGUGACAAGGCACCCAGCCAGCCAGACAGCCAGUAUCUGUAGUGUGUACUUUACCAUAAUCCCCUCUCUGUCUGCCUGUCUGUCUGCCUGUCUGACACUACCUGUAGUAUACACUUUUCCUUAAACGCUCCUCUCUGUCUGUCUGCGAAAUGAUGUUGCUGUAAACAGCUCUGUGUGGUUGACUGAGAGGGUAACUAGAGGGAAUACCAUCACACGGUCUUGAACCGUGGAUUCCCCCCUGAACUAUAAACACUCUGACACUCUGUAUUGAGGAUUAACUUAUCUAUUAACACUUAUGCCAAGUGUCAGUACACUGAAGAGGUGAUUAUAUCGUUGACACAAAUUCCCUUCACCUGGUCCUGUUCUUGGUCUAUAGCAGGAUCUUGAGAGGGUUGUGGUCAUGUCACCAACUCUGGUUAGCUACUAGGGAUGUGCAUCUUUCCCUUUCAAGACGAUUCGAUACGUAUCUUGAUACAUGGGCUCUGAUACGAUACAGGAACGCUACAUUUGAGUUUGAGACAAUUCGGUGCGAUUCAGUUUGAUUAGAGAACAAAUCGCUACGAUUCGGUUCGACGGGAUAAGAUUUGAUGCACUAACAUUUGUUGCAUAAGCACAUUUAUUUUCCAUUCUAAAUUAAAAUCUGCUUCUGAUGGAGCUCAUGAGCUGGGCCUCUCUGAGCUGGAUCUGUCUGAGCUCACUUCUGUGUGUGUGUGUGUGUGUGUGUGUGUGUGUGUGUGUGUGUGUGUGUGUGUGUGUGUGUAAAUGAUGUAUGUACUCUGUAGGCACCUGAUCUGAGCCAUAAGGGAGACUAGGCAUCUACCACCAUCAGAUUAGGGGGGACAAUGUAGCCCAUGUUUUUUGUCCCCCAACAUUGGUUCUGAAAUCACCAUCACCCACUAAAUAACUUGUCAUUUUUUUAGAUUAAGUGUUUUAGAUAGUAAUGUAUGAAUAUUUAUCAUUUAGAAAUUAGCUAUGACAUAGCCAGUGAAUAUAUAGCACAACUUAGAAUUUCAACCUCAUCUCAAAAUCAAAUCGUUUUGACCGUUUGGAAGUUUUUAUGGAGUGAUCUUCUCUUCUCCUCUUGCUUUGGCCAUGCAGGGCACCUCGCAAAAAUAAUUGAUGUCAUCGUUAUGAAAUGAUCAACUAUACCGUGUAUAUCUUAAAAUGACCAUAUACGCUGAUUGUUUAAAGCAAAACUACCAAAACUAUUGCUGAUGUUGAACCUGAACAAUAAAAAUACAAUUGGUUGGAAGCCCCGUUCAGCAGUUAUAGCCAGAUGAGAGUUGUGUAUCCGGUAGCUUACAUUUACUCCUGUAAAACACACACACACACACAUAUAUAUAUACACACUACCAGUCAAAAGUUUGGACACACCUACUCAUUCAAGGGUUUUUCUUUAUUUUUACAAUUUUUUACAUUGCAGAAUAAUAGUGAAGACAUCAAAAUUAUGAAAUAACACAUAUGGAAUCAUGUAGUAACCAAAAAAGUGUUAAACAAAUCAAAAUAUAUUUUAUAUUUGAGAUUCUUCAAAUAGCCACCCUGUCAUGAUCGUCGAAAGGAUUGGACCAAUGCGCAGCGUGGAAUGCGAACAUCUUUUAUUUAUAUUUCACCACACGAACAAAAACAACAAAACGAUACGUGAAGUCCUUGGGUACAGACACAAACCAACACAGAACAAGAUCCCACAAUACACUGUGCCAAACAGGUUGCCUAAGAAUGGUUCCCAAUCAGAGACAACAAGCAACAGCUGAUUCACGUUGGCUCUGAUUGAGAACCACCUCGGCCAACAUAGAAACACAUGAACUAGAAACUGACACAAUGAACACAAAACAUAGACUCUACACACCAAGGCUCAACAUAAAAUAGUUCCUAGAGCCAGGGCGUGACAGUACCCCCCCCCAAAGGCGCGGACUGCGACCGCGCCAACAUAAACCGAACAGGGGAGGGCCGGGUGGGCAUUCCUCCUCGGAGGCGGAUCCGGCUCCGGGCGUGACCACCACCCUCUAAUAACCCCCCCGUAGUGCCCCUGGUCUGGUCUGGCCCCGCUGGCUGGAGCUGGACUGGACAUCGGUGGAGCGGAUUGCUUAGGCUCCGGUGUGGAGCAGCUGACCGGUACCUGACCAGGCACCGGCGAACCAGGCACGGGCUGUGCCAGACCGGGCUGACGAUGCGCACCACAGGCUUGGUGCGGGGAGCAGGAAUGGGCCGGACCGGGCUGACGACGCGCACUCCUGGCUUGGUGUGGGGAGCAGGAACGGGCCGGACCGGGCUGGCGACGCGCACCAUAGGCUUGGUGCGAGGGGCAGGAACAGGCCGGACCGGGCUGGCGAUGCGCAUCACAGGCUUGGUGCGAGGGACAGGAACAGGCCGGACCGCACUGGGAACACACACCACUGGCCUUAUACGGGGAUCAGGAACGGGCCGGACCGGACUGGCAACACACUUCAGUACCUCUCGCCGUGCCUCUACACUUUCCCUCCCUCUAAUCACCAAUGGCUCCCGUAACCCGGUGGCCUUCUCUCCUCGUCCACAAACUCGCCCUUUAUCUGCCUCCAGCAGCCCCGUCAUCCAUGCCAUGUGCCCCCCCCCUAAAAAUGUCUUAGGGUUGCCUCUCGCCUGUCCGACGACGACACUGUUGGCGCCGUACCUCCUCUCUCGCCAAGGCUUUAACCUUUGCCCAUGGUCCUCUAACCUCGAACAUGUCCUCCCAGGACCACCAUUGGCCCACCUGGGCCAUCGCCAACUUCUCCAUCUCCUUACCCGGCGUUAGCUCCAAAACACGCUGCUUGGUCCAGUAUUGGUGGGAUCUUCUGUCACGAUCGUCAUUUGAUGAAACGUGCCAAUGCGCAGCGUGGAAUGCGAACAUCUUUUAUUUAUAUUUCACCACACUAACAAAAACAACAAAACGAUACGUGAAGUCCUUGGGUACAUACACAAACCAACACGGAACAAGAUCCCACAAUACACUGUGCCAAACAGGUUGCCUAAGAAUGGUUCCCAAUCAGAGACAACAAGCAACAGCUGAUUCACGUUGCCUCUGAUUGAGAACCACCCCGGCCAACAUAGAAACACAUGAACUAGAAACUGACACAAUGACACAAAACAUAGACUCUACACACCGUGGCUCAACAUAAAAGAGUUCCUAGAGCCAGGGCGUGACACACCCUUUGCCUUGAUGACAGCUUUGCAAAUAUAAAAUAUAUAUUGAUUUUUUUAACACUUUUUUCAUAUGUGUUAUUUCAUAGUUUUGAUGUCUUCACUAUUAUUCUACAAUGUAGAAAAGAGUACAAAUAAAGAGAAACCCUUGAAUGAGUAGGUGUGUCCAAACUUUUGACUGGUAAUGCACAGUUGAAGUCGGAAGUUAUUUUUGUAUAGUGGUUGAAAAACGAUUUUUAAUGUCUCCAACCUAAGUGUUGGAAUCAUUAAAACUCGUUUUUCAACCACUCCACAAAUUUCUUGUUAACAAACUAUUGUUUUUGCAAGUUGGUUAGGACAUCUACUUAAGUAAGUAAUUUUUCCAACAAUUGUUUACAGACAGAUUAUUUCACUUAUAAUUAACUGCAUCACAAUUCCAGUGGGUCAGAAGUUUACAUACACUAAGUUGACUGUGCCUUUAAACAGCUUGGAAAAUUCCAGAAAAUUAUGUCAUGGCUUUAAAUGCUUCUAAUAGGCUAAUUGACAUCAUUUGAGUCAAUUGGAGGUGUACCUGUGGAUGUAAUUCAAGGCCUACCUUCAAACUCAGUGCCUCUUUGCUUGACAUCAUGGGAAAAUCAAAAGAAAUCAGCCAAGACCUCAGAAAACAAUUGUAGACCUCCACAAGUCUGGUUCAUCCUUGGGAGCAAUUUCCAAAUGACUGAAGUUACUACGUUCAUCUGUACAAACAAUAGUACGCAACUAUAAACACCAUGGGACCACGCAGCCGUCAUACCGCUCAGGAAGGAGACGCGUUCUGUCUCCUAGAGAUGAACGUACUUUUGUGCGAAAAGUGCAAAAACAAUCGCAGAACAACAGCAAAGGACCUUGUGAAGAUGCUGGAGGAAACAGGAACAAAAGUAUCUAUAUCCACAGUAAAACAAGUCCUAUAUCGACAUAACCUGAAAGGCCGCUCAGCACGGAAGAAGCCACUGCUCCAGAACCGCCAUAAAAAAAGCCAGACUACGGUUUGCAACUGCAUAUGGGGACAAAGAUCGUACUUUUUGGAGAAAUGUCCUCUGGUCUGACGAAACAAAAAUAUAACUUUUUGGCCAUAAUGACCAUCGUUAUGUUUGGGGGGAAAAGGAGGAGAGCUUGCAAGCCGAAGAACACCAUCCCAACCGUGAGGCACGGGGGUGGCAGCAUCAUGCUGUGGGGGUGCUUUGCUGCAGGAGGGAUUGGUGCACUUCACAAAAUAGAUGGCAUCAUGAGGGAGGAAAAUGAUGUGGAUAUAUUGAAGCAACAUCUCAAGACAUCAGUCAGGAAGUUAAAGCUUGGUCGCAAAUGGGUCUUCCAAAUGGACAAUGACCCCAAGCAUACUUCCAAAGUUGUGGCAAAAUGGCUUAAGGACAACAAAGUCAAGGUAUUGGAGUGGCCAUCACAAAGCCCUGACCUCAAUCCUAUAGAAAAUGAGUGGGCAGAACUGAAAAAGGGUGUGCGAGCAAGGAGGCCUACAAACCUGACUCAGUUUCACCAGGUCUCUCAUGAGGAAUGGGCCAAAAUUCACCCAACUUAUUGUUUGAAGCUUGUGGAAGGCUACCCGAAACGUUUGACCCAAGUUAAACAAUUUAAAGGCAAUGCUACCAAAUACUAAUUGAGUGUAUGUAAACUUCUGACCCACUGGGAACGUGAUGAAAUAAAUAAAAGCUGAAAUAAAUCAUUCUCUCUACUAUUAUUCUGACAUUUCACAUUCUUAAAAUAAUGUGGUGAUCCUAACUGACCUAAGACAGGGAAUCUUUACUAGGAUUAAAUGUCAGGAAUUGUGAAAAACUGAGUUUAAAUGUAUUCGGCUAAGGUGUAUGUAAACUUCAGAUUUCAACUGUAUAUGUUUUUGUACGAUUUUAUUUUAUUGUUUAGAAACAAUACAAAACGACAACAUCAUACAAACAUCAACUACAUCACACCUGCCCACACCCACUAGCGCAUACCCCAUCUCCAGCGUCCGCAUCACUUUCCGCCACAUGGCCUGAAACUUCACCAUUUUGUUUCUCUCCGUAGCCCACGCACUUUCAAUAUUUAAAUAAUAAAUCAUUAUAUUUUUCCAUUGUGUUAGUUAAUGAUGGCGGAUUGAUUGAUAUCCAAGUUUUUAGUGUACGUUUUUUCAAGAUGAGUGAUGAGAAGAGAAUCGUCCAACCCGUCGGAAAUCUCACUACAUCCCCAUAUGCCAUAUCUUGAAGUAUGCAGACAGAUGGAUGAAAAGUAUGUUUACAUUUGUAAUACUUCUGACAGCCAACUUGCUACCUCCGCCCACAACUUCCGGACUAAAUAGCACUAACAGAAAGCAUGGAUUAUUGAGUCAUUGUUUGUUUUACACUGAAGACAUGACUCUGCCGUUGUGCUGUAAAACACUAUUUUCAACAGCACAUAGAUGGCAAAUGACAAGGUGGUCACUCAACUAAUGAAGCCUAAUAUCACGCAAGCCAUUUGAGCAUUUUAGGCCGCCUACCUCGCGUUGGUCAUCGCGCAAAGCUAGGCACAGUGCACAAUUUGACUAGGCUACUGAUAGUGCCUGGGGUUGUUCGGCAAAAUGACUUGUAGAGCAAUGACUGUCAACACAGUUACAUGCAGUUCGACACUGAAGGAGAGAGUGCAUCAGUUGUCACCAAAGGUAGAAGGUAGAAAUUAUUUAAUAAUAGCAAAAAAAAAUUGUGAACCGGCGAUUCAUAACGUUUGAAUCGAUUUUCUGACCGAUGCAUGCUCCAUUUGGAUCGGUUUGGGGUCUGCGGACCUUGUAUCUUAAACAUUUAAAUAGGGGACCGAUGCGUAUUGGUGAAUCCUAACACCCCUAUUAGCUACCUGCUCCUAGACCAAGACAGUUACAGAUUGUGCAGGCUUUUAUUCCAGCCCAGUGCUAAAACACAUGAUUCACAUGAUCUACUACUCAUCAAAACCAAGAUGAGUUGAAUCAGGUGCUUUAGUGCAGGGCUGGAAAAAAAGCCUGCACUCUUAGUUAAAUGUAUGUCCCUUAAGGGUCAGAGAAUAGUGUACAGGGGAUGUGAAAUGUGAAGGGUAUGAGAGGAUAGGAAAGGAGGUGUCAGAUGCUACAGUACAUCAUGUACGUGUUACCUGCUCCUAGACCUAGACAGUUACAAGGUGUGCAGACAUGUUCACUAGUGUGAAGGGUAUGGGCUAGGGUUGAACAUUUUCCCAGUAUUUUACAAAUGUUCCAUCCUGAGAAUAAAUCACUUUUCUCCCGGGUAACCCGGUAUUUCCCACCAAAACCAGAAGUGUCAUUCAAAAACAUUAUAAUGCGUAUAAACUUGUCUGGAUUUGAUUCGAGCUUUGAUCAGCAUGAACAUUCAAACCUGAUUCUACCUGAGCCUGAUGAGCCAUAUAUUAAAUACAUUUUAUGAACCCUACAUUAACGACAUUUUAUGAGCCCAAUCCCAAAAAAGCCCAAAUGAUUGUGCCAUUAUCCAAUACAUGUAGCACAGCCUAUGAUACAGGCUGCUGCACAUUACGCAAGACAGAAAAACAUAAAAGCCCAUAGAUGUAGCUAGCUAUAUGCUCUCUUGGGUAAAUAAAUGGAACUAGCUCCAGUAGGCUAAUCUUUAUGAGUGUGAACUGUAUUACAGUACUGUAUUGUAUUAUACUGUAUUAUAUGGACUGGAAUUACGUACAUCAUUCAAACCAUGAUAAAGCAGGGAGAGAACAUGCGUUUCUGGUGCAGCACAUGCGACCUACAAAGUUACAAGUAUAGGCUAGUGAAUUUGUUUUUAAUUUUGAAAUAUAAUAGGGCCUAUUUGUAUAAUUAGUAAGCUGACGCAUAUAUACCUUUCAUAAUAUUUCCCCUAACGUUAUUAGCCUACCUCCUCUUUCUCUCUCUAUUUUUGCUUCAUUCCUUCCUCACUUUCAACAAUUAAAUGAAAUAAGUUUCCUUAUCUUCAUCAUUCUAAUAACUUCCUUGAAUAAUAUAGAACUAGAAUUUCAGCCUCUUUGAAUAGUCUAUUGGUAUAAGAAAUGCUAAAACAAAUAAUGUCCAGCAAACUAUUAUAGUCUAGCUUUUUCUGCAUGGGACUCCAAGAGCUAAGGAGCAACAACGAUAUUCGAGUGAUACGAUGUUUUAAAACCCUGCAGCUGCAUAAACAAAAAUAUAUAAUCUUUACAAUGAAAAACAAGGUGAUCCCCGAAAGCCAGAUGGAGAUGGGUAAAUUAGACGCGCAUUCGGUCUUUAUAUUAGUGUAGCAUAGGCUAUUCUGCAGCAAAUGUAGGCCUACCUGUCACAAGAAAGAAAGUUACCAUGAUGAGAGAUGAUAGGUCUACAUGCAUUGUGAAAUGCGCUCCAUACUGAGAUGGGUCUGUCCCCACCCUGAGCGUUGAUUCAUCAUGCAGAGGCCAUAGAGAAGCCAGAUUUAGACAUUGCAUAUCAUUUAACAGUUCCAUUUCAUGCCAUGCUGUUCAUAUAAAUAAUGUAUUAUAAUUUACCAGUUUCUUGCAGUAUUUAUCCUGGGAAAAGGGAGUGGUUUUGGGCGAUAAAUCCCACUAACCAGGUUCCCGCCAUUCAACCCUGGUAUGGGUAACGUGCCACCGCGUCAGACAGUGCAACCUCAUAACACAGACACCUACCCUACAAGUCUACAGUACAUAAACUCAGACUUCUAGGAUUUUCCGAUGGCUGGCUGUUUUGCCCUCUGGCUAAUUCCCCUUAAUCCUGUUGAUUUUGGCCAACAGUGUGAAGCCAUCCACUUGAGAGUUGUGUGCAACAUCAACAAAGCCCCGGUUUUUAUUGAUAACACCAGUUGGUAGAUUUAUGAGGUGAAUGGCUUGGUGUUCUGUACGGCGUUAACAAACACUCCCUUGUAAAAGUCAGGCCCUAAAAGUCUGACAGACAGGAGUAAGACCUAAGGGCAGACAGGCACACACGUAUGAGCGCUAGCAUGCACGCACGUACAUGCACACACACUGCAGACAUCAGAGGGACAAAAUGUUGCCUUAAGGCCGUGUGUGUGUGUGUGUGUGUGUGUGUGUGUGUGUGUGUGUGUGUGUGUGUGUGUGUGUGUGUGUGUGUGUGUGUGUGUGUGUGUGUGUGUGUGUGUGUGUGUGUGUGGUGUGUGUGUGUGUGUGUGUGUGUGUGUGUGUGUGUGUGUGUGUGUGUGUGUGUGUGUGUGUGUGUGUGUGGUGUGUUUGUUUAGGGUGGCUAAUAUGCUCUAGUCUAGUGAAAAUAUCCCUUAUGUCUGUAUGGUCUAUGUCAGGGAGACCUAACAGUCUGGUGUACUAUAUACAAGACUGGAAAUAUAACUCUGUAUGUCCCUUGUCUUGUCUGGAAUAUGUGAUAUUUAUUUACACUGUGAUUUAUUCCCUCUUUGUUUAUUUCGAGCAGUUAAACAGUAUGACUUUGUAUAUGGGCAUCUCCUAAUGGAACAGGACAAAGUUGUCCUAGAAAAUAAAUAAAUAUGACAAACUACAACAAUGGAAAACUGUAUUUAUAGAGCACAACUACUACCAAUGCAGCACAAAGUGAUUAGCCGUGGAUUAAAAGCUUACUUUAAAAAAAAACUUUUCCACAGCUAAUUAUUUCAUCAUUAUUUUGUGAACUAUAUAAAGCAGCUCUUAAAGGGACAAUCCGAAGUUGAAACAAUAACACUGUGGCAUCCCCACCCCUGUUUCGGUGAAAAGCUGAGGGCUGUGAUUGGAGAAAUGUAAGCACUCUCAAAUUCAUAGAUAGAGCAAGGGAUGCUAGGACUGAGCAUCCAUGAUAUCACAAUUAUAGUUUUUUGAGGCUAUACAGUGUUUGUUGACAUUUACUUUGUUUAUAAACAUUGGAGUAAAACAAGCUCCUAUUUUGGGUUCUGAUGGGGUGUGACAGAUGAACUAAGCUCAUGGGGCAUGUAUCAAUCGGAACAUAUCAUUAAUUAAUAAGUCAAAAAAUUGAUGUUGCAACUGCAGAUUGCCCCUUUAAGUCCUCUCUGGUGUGUGAGAGUGUUUCUUAGGUGUCAGUAAGUCAGUUAGUCUUUGGAGCUUAUUAAUGGCUUCCGUAGGAAACUCUCUUCCUUCAGAAAUAGCCUGGUGAUUGACUUCUUAACAUCCUCAUUGUGACAUCGACUCUACAGGAGUUGCACAACUUUUCCCCUCCUAUUCAUAGAAGUGAUAGCAGAUGUCAAUACAACUCUAUCUAUCCCACAAAUGUACUUGUGACGACAUUACUCUCAUGUAUAUCAGCUCUAACCUUAAAAAAACAAAACACUUUCUCUGAAGCUAUCUCUCAAUGUAUACACCAAGUUAUCUGUGUGACAUUUUAUGGUCUUGUUUAAGUAACGUAAUCCCAGUUAACCCAGAACUAUGCGGAACAGAUAGUCUUUCCAUGGAGAGAUUAGAAGUGAUAUGACUCAGUAGUCACACACACCUGGUGUCAAGUAGACAUAACCCCUGUUCUUAGAAGGAAGUCAUUUUCCUGAAAUGCACAUACACACGGAACAUGUCUGUUUAUCAGGUGUGUGAUUGUCUACCAUCACUCUACGCAUUCCAUCAGCUCUGGCUUAGUGUGUGUCUCAUUCUGGAAGCACUGCUCCUAGGAAUUAGGGAGCUCUGCAGGGAGAUCAGAGUAGAGUGAGCUAAACAUACACAUGUAUUUACCAUCACAUUUAUUUACUAGUAUUUUAUUCCUGUCUUUAUAUAAUGGGUUGUUAUGUGAUGACAUACAGAUGGGAGCUGUCAGUGAGCACACUACAACAUGACCUCCAGUAGUAGUGAUCUAUGAUAUUACUGACACAGGCCUACCUCAGACCUGGGGUUAAAGUUCUCCGUCACGGUGACGGAUUUCUAUCAUAUGGAUGACAUGAGAGGUUUGAGGAAUAAUUAUUAUUUGGGGUUAAAAAAACACUCCAGGACACAAUUUAACGUCUAAAACUAGAUAAAGUAUUUUCUAAUAACUGCGCUUUUUCUUGCACGCAAAUUGAUUUUGACGAACAAAUCGGUCAUAAAAAAAAAAUCUGUGCGGCCCUCGAUUUCAAAAUCUCAAUAUGGCCCUUGAGCUGAGAUUGACUUACGUUUCAGUUCUGAGAUUUUUUUUGCUUUAGCCCAUGAGCCUCAGACCCUCGUGUGAUCUUUCUCUCCUCUUUGCUCCCUUUCUCUCUCUCUCUCUCUCUCUCCGCUCCCUCUCUGCUCUCUCUCGCCGCGCCCUCUCUGCUUUUCCUCUCUCCACUCCUCUGCUCUCUCUCUUUUCCUCCUCCCCCUCCCCUUCCAGUCUCUGCAGCAGCAGAGAGGAUCAGGUUCAUCCUGGGUGAGGAGGAUGACGGCCCCCCGCCCCCUCAGCUCUUCACUGAGCUGGACGAACUGCUGGCCGUCGAUGGACAGGAGAUGGAGUGGAAGGAGACAGCCAGGUGAGCAGUCAUCUAUACACGUGCAUAUGGUGUACUGUACGCACACAUAUGCACUAUACUCGCGCAUACACGCAAGCAUGCAUACACACACACACACACACACACUGACUCUUUCCUUUAGUUGGAGACUCGGUCAGUAAAUCACUGUCGCUCAUGUGCGUCUGUUAAAAUGUCAUGGCUUUACACGGUUAACCCCCUUGGACCUUGGGCCAUCAAGGCUUAGGAACGUUAACCCCCUUGUCACCAACACACACCCAGCUGUGGUAUAUCGCAGUAGCGGGUGUGUGUAUAGAUGUAAGCGUGAGUAGGGGAGUGUUCGUGUGUGUACAUGAAUUAGGGCUGGGAAUUGCCAGGGACCUUACGAUAUUAUCAUGAUAUUUAGGUGUCGAUAAGAUAUGUAUUGCAAUUCGAUACUGCGCUUGUAUUGCGAUUUGAUGUGCCAAAUAUAUUGCUCACUAGGCUAUACACAUUAAGAACACUUGCUCUUUCCAUGACAUAGACUGACCAGGUGAAUCCAGGUGAAAGCUAUGAUCCCUUAUUGAUGUCACUUGUUAAAUCCACUUCAAUCAGUGUAGAUGAAGGGGAGGAGACAGGAUAAAGGCUAUUUAAGCCUUGAGACAAUUGAGAUAUGGAUUGUGUAUGUAUGCCAUUCAGAGGGUUAAUGGGCAAGACAAAAGAUUUAAGUGCCUUUGAGCGGGGUAUGGUAGUAGGUGCCAGGCACACCGGUUUGAGUGUGUCAAGAACUGAAACGCUGUUGGGUUUUUCACACUCAACAGUUUCCCGUGUGUAUCAAGAUUGGUCCACCACCCAAAGGACAUACAGCCAACUUGACACAACUUUGGGAAGCAUUGGAGUCACAUUGGGCCAGCAUCCCUGUGGAAUGCAUUUGACACCUUGUAGAGUCCAUGCCCUGACAAAUUGAGGCUGUUCUGAGGGCAAAAGGGUGGGGGGGGCAACUCAAUAUUAGGAAGGUGUUCUUAAUGUUUUGUACACUCAGUGUAUAUCUGCUGCAGAGACACCAGAGAGAGCACGGGAAAAUUAGUUUUCAUCAGUCAUGAAAAUAAAAGUGCUGAAAACAUGUUGGCUCACUAUUGAAGAUGGAGAACAAGCUAUAGGAUGAAAAAUACCGGAGUUUUAGUGCAGGUACAGCCAAUUAGCGCUAACGCUACCCAACAAAUUAUUAUAUAUGUUAUUAUUUAUUUAUUUAUUGAUACUUGGAGUUGAAGUAUCGAUAUAUUAUUGUCCAAAAUAAUAUUACGAUAUGUAACGGUAUGAUUCCCCCCACCCCCCAUCACUAACAUGAAUUCCUGCGCAGGAUAAUAGUGUGUCCUCCAGUGAACUCCUUGCCCACUCUUAUCUGGAUGAACAACACUGCACUGUUCCCUAAGUGAACCCUGAACACAACCUCAGUUACCUACCAUGUGAUCUUCUUUCUGGACAGGCAUCAGAGUAGGAGUGCUGAUUUAGGAUACAUUAUGCCUUUUACAGAUGUAGGAUUUUAAUUUGAUCACUCUUUUGUGGCUUUACAUUUUCCUGUUGGUGUAGGGUUAUUUUCCUGCUGUAGCAAACUGGCUCAAAUAAAGAUCCUACAUUUGUAGAUCACAAUGAUUAAGAUUACAAGGACGGGGGGGGGGACCUGAUCCAACAUCAGUAUUAGUACUCUGAUACGCUUAAUACAUAUGGCCCAAAGUUUUGACCCUAAGGGCCCUGGUCAAAAGUAGUGCACUAAAUAGGGAAUAGAGUGCCAUUUUGGACGCAGCCAUAGUAAUGAAAGAGCCAAAUACAUCAGUCGUUUUUACUAGCAGCAGUGAGUUCCUGGUAGGCUCAUAGUGACAAACAGACAGACAGAUGGAGACAGUAAUAGCAUUACUGUUAGGUACUUGCAGGUGGAGAUGGAGGAAAUGCCUUGGCAGGGAAUGGACAUUCUCUUUAAGGGAAACAAAUCUCUGCUUUAUACAUGUCAAUACACCUCAGUGAGUUUCAGUAGUAGGCCUAUCUAUUAUCACACACCCACACACUGAUACACACACCCUAUCAUUCACUCUUUCUCGCUCUCUCUCUUGCUCCCCGCUCUCUCUCUCUCGCCCCCACCCUCUCUCUUUCUCUGUCUCUCUCUCUCUCUCUCUCUCGCCCCCUCUCUCCUCUCUCUCUCUCUCUCUCUCUCUCUCUCCUCUCUCUCUCUCUCUCUCCUCUCUCUCUCUCUCUCUGUCUUCUGUCUGUCUGUCUGUCUGUCUGUCUGUCUCUCUCUCUCUCUCUCUCUCUCUCUCUCUGUUUCUCCCUUUCUUUCUCACCUUACCACUCACUGACAGAUACAUGUACACACGUACUGACAGAUACAUGUACACACGUACUGAAAGAUACAUGUACACACGUACUGAAAGAUACAUGUACACACAUACUGACAGAUACAUGCUCCUUUACCCAUUCACUUAGAACCUCCAAUAAACCCCUGCUGUAAUACUUGAGUUGAGAGUGCCUUGAGUUUCUUAGCCUUAGUUCAAACACUGCUCUAUCGCCACUCCGAACAAAAAAAAAGAUGUCACUCUUUGGAAGAGCAGGGAUAGAGUGCCGUCUGAAACAUUGCAGUGCGCCUCGUCUGACUUUUGACGAUAGUUCGGCAGCCUCUGCCUCUCUUUCGGUGCGGUGCAGGUGAAGCAUGCCUGUGUUUCAUGCAGCGAGCCAGAGCAGUUCUUCCACUGUCGGGAGAAAUGGUAAUGCAUAUUAUUAUAUGAUAAUUGAAUGCAAAUAAAGGUUCUGUCGUAGUCGGCCGCGACCGGGAGACCCAUGGGGCGGCGCACAAUUGGCCACAUUCCCUCCCCUACCCUGGACGACGCUAGGCCAAUUGUGCGCCGCCCCAUGGGCCGACUACGACAGAACCUUUAUUUGCAUGCAAUUAUCAUAUAAUAAUAUGCAGGGAUGUAGCUCAGUUGGUAGAGCGUGGCGUUUGCAACGCCAGGGUUGUGGGUUCGAUUCCCACGGGGGGCCAGUAUAAUUUAUUAUAAUUUUUUUAUUAUGCACUCACUAACUGUAAGUCGCUCUGGAUAAGAGCGUCUGCUAAAUGACUAAAAUGUAAAAAUUUUAAAAAUGUUGAUUUCUACCACACCCACAACGGAAGCACAGUCAUGGCCUCAGAUUAGUAGGUGAGGCUAAGGCUCAUGGUUAGUGUAGUUUUUGGUGUUCUUUGAAACCAGGAAAUGACGGUAAAAACAUCACUUCUCAACACAGCGGUUGAAACAUUCAUAACCGAUGGGCAAUACAUCAACAUACAAAUUGAAUGUCUACGUUGCACAGUAGGCCUAAUAUCGCUAACAGAUCUCAUGGUUUAUUUUAGGGAUGAGGAGACUCUUCCUGAUUCCUUAGUACAUGUUACGUUAACCGAGACACAUGAAACCAAUCAUAUUCACAGUUUCAAACAUUAACUUCAGCACUGCACAGGUGUGUGAAUCAUCUUUAUUUGUCUUUUUAGUGCAAUAAACUUGAUGGUUUCUUUAACACAAGAGGUCGGUGUUAUGCCUGAAUUUGACCCAAAACCAACGAGGAAGUCUGCAGCGGUUGUAUGAAACCAAUCAGUAUGUCAAGCAAAGCUCUCAACCGUGCCAGCCCACUCUUAAUUUCUAUAAGUUCGGCGUCUGAACUUUGCGUUAGAAAAGUUCUGUCCACCCCCAAACUCCCUGUGGGGUCCAGCUCCCUGUCCCUGUCUCUCCCUCCCCUUCCCUCAUCCCCACCUCCCCUUUCUACAUCCCCUUGCCUCCCCUGAGGCCCGUCUCCUCUCCCCUCCAGAGGCCUGAAUGGAGGUGAGGCAGGGGGUUUAGGCAGGGGAGGCGGGGCGAGGUUAGUUGAGGCAGGUGGAGCAUGAGUUAUGACCAUAGGGACACUCUAUAUCACCCUCGGAAGCCCGAAACCCGAUCCCCUCACCCCCUCCUGGACCAGGUGAAUAGCUCUUUGUUAUGGAGAAAUUAGAGGAAUUCUAAAGGGACAAACCUCUCGCCAUCAAGGCUCUGACUGCCACAGUGUGUGUGUGUGUGGUCCUUGUCUUAGUUCAGAGACUGGUAUUUUAACAUGCUUGAUGUGUACGGUUACUUGGCAAUGGAAAGAACCACGUUCAAUAUGUACAUGUACAGGAUUUGUAUUGCGUCGUCCUCAUCCCCUGCUAUUUUCCAUGAACAGUGAUGAAUGCAUAACAUUGAGGGGUUGUUUUGUAAAUAAAAAAAAUUAUCCUUCAUUUCUCUUUCUCAAUCUAUUUCUCUCUCUCUAGGUGGAUAAAGUUUGAGGAGAAGGUGGAAAAGGGAGGAGAGCGUUGGAGUAAGCCCCACGUGGCCACCCUGUCCCUUCACAGUCUGUUUGAGCUGAAGACCUGUAUUGAGAAAGGCACCAUCCUGCUGGACCUGGAGGCCUCCACUCUACCACAGGUGGUCGGUAAGACAACUACGCUUCCCAUAAGCCCCGGCAUCUCACUGCACCAGGACACGCAAAAACAUCAGUCAGUGUCUGUCUGACUGUGAAGUGCUUUUAAAAUUGGGACAUUCCAAAACAGUGCUCUUUGAAACCAAGUGUCCUCAAUAUUGACAUUCUCUUCAUCCCCUUUUCCCCCCCUCUCUCUGUCCCCCCUCUCUCUGUCCCCCCCUCUCUCUGCCCCCCCCUCUCUGUCCCCCCUCUCUCUAUCCCCCCUCUCUCUGCCCCCCACUCUCUCCCCCUUCUCUCUGUCCCCCCCUCUCUCUGUCCCCCCUCUCUCUGCCCCCCACUCUCUCCCCCUUCUCUCUGUCCCCCCCCCUCUCUCUGUCCCCGCCUCUCUCUGUCCCCCCCUCUCUCUGUCCCCCCUCUCUCUGUCCCCGCCUCUCUCUGUCCCCGCCUCUCUCUGUCCCCGCUCUCUCUGUCCCCCCCUCUCUCUGUCCCCGCUCUCUCUGUCCCCCCCUCUCUGUCCCCCCCUCUCUCUGCCCCCCUCUCUCUGUCCCUCCCCCUUUCUCUGCCUCCCCUCUCUGUCCCCCCCUCUCUCUGUCCCCCCUCUCUCUGUCCCCGCUCUCUCUGUCCCCCCCUCUCUCUGUCCCCCCCCCUCUCUCUGCCCCCCCCCCCCUCUCUGUCCCCCCCCCUCUCUCUGUCCCCCCCUCUCUCUGUCCCCCCCUCUCUCUCUGUCCCCCCCCCUCUCUCUGUCCCCGCUCUCUCUCUGUCCCCGCUCUCUCUGUCCCCGCUCUCUCUGUCCCCCCUCUCUCUCUGCCCCCCUCUCUCUGUCCCCGCUCUCUCUGUCCCCCCCUCUCUCUGUCCCCCCUCUCUGUCCCCCCUCUCCCUCUCUCAGAGUUGAUCACUGACAACCAGAUCGAGAUCGGUCAGCUGAAGGCCGAGCUGAAGGAUCAGGUCAUGUACACGUUGCUACGAAAACAUCGUCACCAGACCAAGAAGUCCAACCUGCGCUCCCUUGCCGACAUCGGCAAGACGGUGUCCAGUGCAAGUAGGCUGUUUUCCAACCAAGACCAGAACGGUAAUGCAGAUGCCAGUUUGGUGCAGUCUUUUAUUUUUUCUCCUUACCAUCUACUUCCUACCCUAUCCCAAUAAGUUCUACCAAUCACAUCUACCAUGAUUGAUUUUUCCCUCUGGUGGACUUUGUCAUCAAUUCUAUAGGAUAGGGUGUAGUGUAUGAUCAACAUUAUGGGCCAUCAUUUGAUUGCAGUAAAGAUGUUAUAGGUACAUAUAUCUAGGUGGUUAUAGACUGAACUAUUAACAAUGUGAAUUUGCCUGGCAAGAUUCCUGUAACUCUUCGUGUCGAUGCUUUUUUUUCCUUCUAAAUACUACAAUCUCCAAAAUGGAUUCAGACUUUACAGCAUGUGAUUUAAUUAUUUAUCAAAACCAUAACUGCUUGGAUAGCCACUCACAAUAAUAUGGUACUGCACUUUGAAGUGUGUGAGAUUGUUCUUGUUCUGUCUAUCCUCUAACUGCACUCUUUACUCUCCUGCACAGACUAACAUUCUCUACACUGUCUUUGUGGGAAAAGUCUCAUCAAUUAUUUUAUUUAUUGUAUUUAGUGGAAAAAGGAAGGAAGGACGGAAGGAAGGAAGGAAGGAAGGAAGAAGGACGGAAGGACGAAGGAAGGAAGGAAGGAAGGAAGGAAGGAGGAUAGGCCAGGACGGAAGGAAGCGGACGGAAGUAAAAAACGCGAUAGCAGGACUCUCUCCGCGAAGUCUUCUCGCGAGAUGCGCCUCUCUGUCUAUAUCUCUCUAUCUCUUCUCUCUAUCUCUCGCUCUCUCUAUCUCUCUCUCUCUCUUCUCUCUCUCUCUCUCUCUCUUGGGAUGGCUCUGUUCUACACUAAGACGCGUCCCCAUGAACAGUCCCCAGUCCCAAUUUUGUGCCGUUAUGCAACCAGAGCUUUUGGCCCCUGAGGAACCGAUCGAGGAGGUCCCAAAGGAGCUCCAGCAUGCAAUACAUCAGUAAGUCAGGUUAUAAUGCAUUUAUAACACAUGGGAUACCUUAGUAAGUCAGGUUAUAACACAUAUGGCACAAGGGAUGCCUGUGUAAGUCAGGCUGGCUAUAAUGCAUUAUAACCAGGGAUUGGAACCAAAGUUAUUUUCCUAUUGUUUCGUUCUGAACAGAACCACAAUUUUUUUUCAUUUUGUUCCACUGUUCCGACUAGCAAAAUAAAGUUCUGAACUGGUUCGAACCCCCAAAAAGUUCCAGUUUAUAUUGUUCCUUUCUGUUCCUUUUUUAAACUCUGAAAUCACGUUUUUACAUUUAGCUCAUUAAAUGACUUCACCAAUCAGUGCAGAUAGAGCAGACAAGCUAGUUGUUUACAUGCUUGAUGGGCAGCUUGUUAGUUAGCUAACAAGCUUGUGUGUGCAGAGCGGUACCAGAAUUAAAAACACGUCUUACCUUUUUGUCAUUACUAAAUCCAAUGUGAAAUGUAAUAACUAGGCCUAUAGUAUCCUUAACUAGCAUUAAAAAAGUGUAUCCAUUCUUCUCUAGCUAAUUCAAAAUCUCUCUAUCUUCUAAAUCAAGCUUGUAACGUCAGUACAGUAGCCAUACUUGGGAUGGGGGGGGGGGGGGGGGGGGGGGGGCAGGUAGCUUAAACAUGCACAGGCAAAGAUUAUCAUCUUGCAGGCAGACACUGGAAUACGUUUCUGAGGGCUUUGCAUAGGCGCUUUGUUGUGUUUUGUUGUGGGACUAGAAAAAAAUGCCUGGAACGUAAAGUAAUGUUAUUAACUGGUUCCCAUGCUUUUAAAAUAACGGUUCUGUUCCCUGAACCGGUUCCAUCCCCUGAAUAUAAUAUUAUAAUGCAUUAUAAUAUACCCUUGUGUGGGAUACUUUUGCAAGUGGGUUAAAAAACAAUACAACACUCUAACAUGGACAUUUUUCGGGAUGCCUGUGUCAGUCAUACGCAAAUAAUGCAAUACAACACUCUAAAACAUGGAUAUUUUUCAGUAAGUCAGGUUAUAAUGCAUUAUAACACCCUAGUGUGGGAUACCCGUGUAAGUCAGGUUAUAAUAGUCAUAUAACAUAGUCUAUAACAGGUCAUAACACAUACCUUGACAAUAGUCUAUGUGCUUAUUUGCGAUCCAAACUCAUAUUGCUGAUAUUAGCAUUAAUGACUGAAAACAAUACUCUCAUGGGAUAUCACUAUCAGUCCACUAUUUUUGGAUGAUUUUUUUAUACGACUGCAUCAAACAGCAUCCAAGUCACAGUCCAUCAUGCCCAGAGAAAUAGUAAACAACCAACUAGCUAAUGUAGACCCGACUCGACUAUUGACCAACUUUGUCAGGUUAAGAGAACUGAUACUGUAAGUCGCUCUGGAUAAGAGCGUCUGCUAAAUGACAAAAAAAAAAAAAAAAAAAAAAAAAAAAAAAAAAAUACUGCUGGCUAAAAGAGGGUAAAGAAAGAUGGCUAUCUCUCCCACUCUCCCACUCGCCCACCAACCCCACCAUAGACUACAAAUAAGACUGUGUCCGUGCCCUCUCUCUGCAUUACUGUGUCAGUGAGUGAUCAGUUGGCAUCAGAUCAGAGAUGGACAGGGCAUGGCAGUGGGAGAUUUCAGUCAGUAGAUCUCAUCCACUGCAGCUGGCAUCGGCCCUAAAGCUUAACUAAGCCCUGGCUGCCUUCCACAUUUAUAUUAGGACUUCUGAAGUUUCUGUUCCUAUUUUCUAGUUUCUCUUCAUCUCCUUCUCCUUCUCUGAGAUCAGUCUAAUCUAUCUGGGAUUUUGUCUUUUCUGGGACUUGUGCUUUACCUUUCAUCUCAGUGACUUUGUUGGAGCCCAGGGUCGUGUUCAUUAGGCACCAAACGGAAGAAAACCGCCUGAAACAAGGAGGGACUACCUGGUCCAAUAAGAAACACUCACAUCCGUUUCAGAGCGCUUUAAACCAUUUGACUGUUUUGUGCCCUAAUGAACACGGUGACUGCUCUCAGUCCUGGUCUUUGAGCUCUGACCUCUGACCCCACAGGUAGCCCAGCCACGACCCAUCGGAACCUGACCUCCAACAGCCUCAACGACUUCUCUGACCAACCAGAUAGAGACCAGGUGAGGAUAUUGUUGUGUGUGUGUCUGUGUUUGGGCACUCUAAAUUUCAACUCCUGCUCUAACACUAUGCAGGGUCAAGGAGUGGGCACAGUGUGUGUGUUUGUGUGUGAUGGAGUGUGUUUCUAGGGGUGUGUGGCCUUGCUCGACUGAUAAAGCCUACGAGCCUAACACACAAAGAUAAGAGCCCUGACACUCUCUCUUAAGUGUUUGGUACCAAUGUUGCCACUCCUCGUGAAGUCUGCUGAAACCAGUACACAGACACAGUAACUAACUCCCGGAACAGUAGCUAAUUUGUCAAGUUGCUCUGGCGUUUGAUAAAACACCAUGACCUUGCUUAGUUGAUCAUCUCCUCACCCGAGGUCUCUGGAUGUUUAGGUUUUUUGCAUUUCACUGGGACUAAGUAGUACGUCAGAGUCCCAUUUAGGCCUUCAUUUGAAUAUAGCGGCGUAUUGACCUAAAGUGAAUGGCUGGUAUGCAUUCACCAGUUGCACAGAGGUCAGUCUUUUCUGUUGCUACCGUGUUACAUUCUCAUUAAAUAGACUUGUGGUUAAAGUGUAUAACAGCAAUGAACAGAAGGGACUUUAUUAUCUGUCCUUCAUCAUACUGCUUGUGAGUUAGUGAGUCACAGAGUGAUAAAUACGCUUUAAUCUGUUUCUAAAGACGCUACGAGCUGCAGUGUUCCCACACAAUACAGCAUGCAAUGCCUAUGUGCUGGGGACGGGCUGUACUGUGCGGCCCCAUUUCAUUCAUGAAACUGUGUACAACUUUGGAGCAUGUGAAAUGUCCAUUGUUAGAGUACCUUUACUGCUCUUCUCAUUCUACUCUGAUAAGGACAGUCCUUUCAAGCACUGUGUCUUUUCAAUAGAGCAACACAUCAGAUGUGUGUCAAGGCUAGGAUUUCAUUGCCUUCUUUCUCGCUCUCUGUUCAACUGUCUAUCUCUCCCCUCUCUCUUGCCUCUCUCUCUCUCUCUCUCUCUCUCUCUCUCUCUCUCUCUCUCUCUCUCUCUCUCUCUCUCUCUUCAUCUCUCUUUCUCCUCCCCCCUCACCAUCUGUAGCUGAAGAAUAAGUUUAUGAAGAAGCUUCCUCGUGAUGCCGAGGCAUCUAAUGUCCUGGUCGGAGAGGUGGACUUCCUGGACACGCCCUUCGUGGCGUUCGUCCGUCUGCAGCAGGCUGUAAUGUUGGGAUCUCUGACAGAGGUCCCCGUCCCUACCAGGUAACCAACUACAACCACCAUCACCACCACAAUCACAACCACAUCAGAACUAAACAAACCCACCAAAUAUACCACAUAUCUCAUUGCCUGUAGAGGCUGAUUGGUACUGUAAUUAUAGAGUUCAACCACUAGUGACCACUGUUUUCUCCAAUUUGGGCUUUUUCAUGUAAGCUGUCUAUUUCUGAAUAUCCUUCUACUUUUCUCUGUAUUUCCUUUCAGGUUCCUAUUCGUGCUGCUGGGGCCCAAAGGAAAAGCCAAUUCCUACCAUGAGAUCGGACGAGCUAUCGCCACCCUCAUGUCUGAUGAGGUACGUGACCACUGUGUCCAGCCCACUUACACUGUAUAUUUACCAAGGGUAUGUGCAAGGAGUUGAUGAUACUGUCCAGUCUUCCUGGAGUUCUAGGAACUUAGUCCGUGUGAAUGUAUUUUAUAUUUGUUAAUCUGAGUGUGAGUCUAUUGGUGCACUGCAGUGUUUGCCCUAUGUUUAGUAAAUGGUGUCUGAGCAGCUGAAGUAUUAAGAGAUUAACAUAGGCAGAAAGAAGACUCCAGGCCAUAUAUAGCACCCAGGUGGCAUAUGGCUCAACACAGUGUAGUCUAGGAAACUAAGAUGUAGUGUCUUACACAAGGCUUUCUGGAUCCUACAGUUGUAAUUACCAAAUCGGCAAGGCUUACAAGGUUGAUCUGGGAUUGAAGUCAUGGUAAGGUUAGAAUAGAUUUUAGCCUUGUACUUCCACAUUGAUCUCGCGAGAUUACAUACAGUCAGGUCCAUAAUUAUUGGCACCCUUGAAGAUUAGCAAAAAAGACUGCAUAAAAUAAAUAAUACAAAUACUGAGAUAUAUUGUAGGCUCAUUUUCUUGCUCAUUUUUGGCUAAUCUUUAUCAAGGAUGCCAAUAAUUAUGGACCUGACUGUUUAUGAUUUAAAUAUCUGUGUAGUGAAUCAUAUACACUACCGUUCAAAAGUUUGGGGUCACUUAGAAAUGUCCUUGUUUUCGAAAGAAAAGCAAUUUUUUGGUAGAUUAAAAUAACAUAAAAUUGAUCAGAAAUACAGUGUAGACAUUGUUAAUGUUGUAAAUGGCUAUUGUAGCUGGAAACGGCUGAUUUUUUAAUGGAAUAUCUACAUAGGCGUACAGAGGCCCAUUAUCAGCAACCAUCAGUCCUGUGUUCCAAUGGCAUGUUGUGUUUGCUAAUCCAAGUUUAUCAUUUUAAAAGGCUAAUUGAUCAUUAGCCAACCCUUUUGCAAUUAUGUUAGCACAGCUUAAAACUGUUGUGCUGAUUAAAGAAGCAACAAAACUCGCCUUCUUGAGACUAGUUGAGUAUCUGGAGCAUCAGCAAUUGUGGGUUCGAUUACAGGCUCAAAAUGACCGAUCUCGAUCUGGUUGUCAGCUCAAACUCGUCUGUCUAUUCUUGUUCUGAGAAAUGAAGGCUAUUUCAUGCGAGAAAUUGCCAAGAAACUGAAGAUCUCGUACAAUGCUGUGUACUACUCCCUUCACAGAACAGCGCAAACUGGCUCUAACCAGAAUAGAAAGAGGAUUGGGAGGCCCUGGUGCACAACUGAGCAAGAGGACAAAUACAUUAGAGUAUCUAGUUUGAGAAACAGACGCCUCACAGGUCCUCAACUGGCAGCUUCAUUAAAUAGUACCCGCAAAACACCAGUCUCAAAGUCAACAGUGAGGAGGUGACUCCGGGAUGCUGACCUUCUAGGCAGAGUUGCAAAGAAAAAGCCAUAUCUCAGACUGGCCAAUAAAAAAAAAUGAUUAAGAUGGGCAGGCUGAGAUAUGGCUUUUUCUUUGCAACUCUUCCUAGAAGGUCAGCAUCCCGGAGUCACCUCUUCACUGUUGACGUAUAGUGACGUAUAGUAUAGUGGGUUUGCAACCCGGUACCACCUGUACGUAAAAUUUAUGCACGCAUGACUGUAAGUCGCUUUGGAUAAAAGUGUCUGCUAAUUGGCAUAUAUAUAUUUGUAUUAUUAUUAAGAGAUAAUGGCAUAUGGCUUAUAUAGAUGGGAUACUGUAAGUAUUUACAGUGCCUUGCAAAAGUAUUCAUCCCCCUUGGAGUUUUUCCUAUUUUGUUGCAUUACAACCUGUAAUUUAAAUUGAUUUUUAUUUGGAUUUCAUGUAAUGGACAUACACAAAAUAGUCCAAAUUGGUGAAGUGAAAUGAAAAAAAUAACUUGUUUCAAAAAAUUCUACAAAAUAUAUAACGGAAAAGUGGUGCGUGCAUAUGUAUUCACCCCCUUUGCUAUGAAGCCCCUAAAUAAGAUCUGGUGCAACCAAUUAUCUUCAGAAGUCACAUAAUUAGUUAAAUAAAGUCCACCUGUGUGCAAUCUAAGUGUCACAUGAUCUGUCACAUGAUCUCAGGAUAUAUACACCUGUUCUGAAAGGCCCCAGAGUCUGCAACACCACUAAGCAAGGGGCACCACCAAGCAAGCAGCACCAUGAAGACCAAUGAGUUCUCCAAACAGGUCAGGGACAAAGUUGUGGAGAAGUACAGAUCAGGGUUGGGUUAUAAAAAAAUAUCAGAAACUUUGAACAUCCCACAGAGCACCAUUAAAUCCAUUAUUAAUAAAUGGAAAGAAUAUGGCACCACAACAAACCUGCCAAGAGAGGGCCGCCCACCAAAACUCACGGACCAGGCAAGGAGGGCAUUAAUCAGAGAGGCAACAAAGAGACCAAAGAUAACCCUGAAGGAGCUGCAAAGCUCCACAGCGGAGAUUGGAGUAUCUGUCUAUAGGACCACUUUAAGCCGUACACUUCACAGAGCUGGGCUUUACAGAAGAGUGGCCAGAGAAAAGCCAUUGCUUAAAGAAAAAAAUAAGCAAUCAUGUUUGGUGUUUGCCAAAAGGCAUGUGGGAGACUCCCAAACAUAUGGAAGAAGGCACUCUGGUCAGAUGAGACUAAAAUUGAGCUUUUUGGCCAACAAGGAAAACGCUAUGUCUGGCGCAAACCCAACACCUCUCAUCACCCCGAGAACACCAUCCCCACAGUGAAGCGUGGUGGUGGUAGCAUCAUGCCAUGGGGAUGUUUUUCAUCAGCAGCGACUGGGAAACUGGUCAGAAUUGAGGGAAUGAUGGAUGGCGCUAAAUACAGGGAAAUUCUAGAGGGAAACCUCUUCACCUUCCAGCAGGACAAUGACCCUAAGCAUACUGCUAAAGCAACACUCGAGUGGUUUAAGGGGAAACAUUUAAAUGUCUUGAAAUGGCUUAGACAAAUCCCAGACCUCAAUCCAAUUGAGAAUCUGUGGUAUGACUUGAAGAUUGCUGUACACCAGCGGAACCCAUCCAACUUGAAUGAGCUGGAGCAGUUUUGCCUUGAAGAAUGGGCAAAGAAUCCCAGUGGCUAGAUGUGCCAAGCUUAUAGAGACAUACCCCAAGAUACUUGCAGCUGUAAUUGCUGCAAAAGGUGGCUCUACAAAGUAUUAACUUUGGGGGGGUGAAUAGUUAUGCACGCUCAAGUUUUCAGUUUUGUCUUAUUUCUUGUUUGUUUCACAAGAAAAAAUAUUUUGCAUCUUCAAAGUGGUAGGCAUGUUGUGUAAAUCAAAUAAUACAAACCCCCCAGAAAAUCAAUUUUAAUUCCAGGUUGUAAGGCAACAAAAUAGGAAAAAUGCCAAGGUUGGUGAAUACUUUCGCAAGCCACUGUACAUACAAAUGGAUGAUAAUGAUUAGGAUCCAAUUACUCUGAUCACAAUAUCAGGAAGAGACAAGUGUGAAACGAGAAAUGAUUGGUUGUGUGCUGCUGUUGAUGUUAAUAAGGUUUCUCAUUGGUUGUGUUUUGGUCAGGUGUUCCAUGACAUUGCCUACAAGGCCAAGGACAGACAGGACCUGCUGGCAGGCAUCGAGGAGUUCCUGGAUGAGGUCAUCGUCCUACCCCCUGGGGAGUGGGACCCUGACAUCAGGAUAGAACCCCCCAAGUCCCUGCCCUCUUCUGACAAGAGGUACAGCACUGCCACACACACCGCUGGUCCUAGUAGGGUUACACAAUUCUGUAAACUUUCCUAGUUCCAGAAAAUUACAUAAAUUGCGCAUGUUUCUUUUUAAAAGAUACCAGGACUAUUCCCUCUCUUUCCUCCAAACUGGGUACUCAUGGUGGACCAUAAACAAUCAGAUGUGUGUUGGAGAGUGAUGUCUGUGGGUUAACCUACUGUGUGUGUCUGUAUAGGAAGAACCAGUAUAAUGCUGGGGGUGGAGGGGAUGGGCCCCAGAUGAACGGGGACACACAUGGACAUGACGGGGGUCAGGGAGGAGGAGGGGGACAUGGACAUGUCGGAGAAGAGCUCAUGAACACUGGAAAGUAAGGAUGACACUGCUCAUUACUACUCAUUACUACUGUUGCCAAUAACAACAUGUAGUACAUUGAUAGAAUGUCACUCAGCAGGGCCUCAACUCUCACUGAAAUCGGAAUGCUACAACUAUUUACUAUAACACUAUAACUCCACGCAUGUUACUAAGGAAUUCCAGGAAAUUACACCUCAGGUGUGUGGCCAAAGCAAGACACUAUUUACCAUUGCCUUUUCGUUGCGCUAUGUGCCACACACUGAUUUGUGAUGAGACAGCAUCUUUAGUAAUCUCGUAAACCAGACAGAUACAGUAGCUACGCUGACCAAAACAGAAUGGGGAUCGUAGCGAUUCAUCUCCUUUACGAGGAUUUUACAUCUUUAUAAUAAUGCUAUAACAAUAAUAAAAACUUUGUGGCAUAAAUGUAACAUUUCACUGUCACAUUUUCAUUGUUAAGGUUUUGCGGCGGCCUCAUUUUGGACAUCAAGCGGAAGCUGCCAUUCUUCGCCAGUGAUUUCUAUGACGCCAUUCACAUCCAGUCGCUGUCCGCCAUCUUGUUCAUCUACCUAGGCACCGUGACCAAUGCAAUCACCUUCGGA